AUGGCACGCCAGUUAUUCCUUUCAUUCAGGCAUUCACGUCCUGCAGUUAGACGAUCGAAAUUUGACAGAUAUAUUCCUUACCGUAUACCCUUGAUUGAAUCUCCUCUCGAUAAGACUAAUACUCCCCCGCGUCUAUAUCGACAGGCAGAUGCUACACCAAUAGAGCUAUUUUUUGAUCUCUUUUUCGUGGCAAACCUCUCAACAUUCACCGCUUCAAAUGACAUAAACUCAUUGGAAGCACUGUGGUCAUACGUCUGCUUUUUGGGGAUAAUCUGGUUCACAUGGCUUCAGGUCACUCUAUUUGAUAUUCGUUUCGCUCGAGACUCUGUCUUUGAACGGUUAUGCAAAGCAGUGCAACUGGCAACUAUGGUAGGAUUUGCUUCUGCCGGCUCUGGCUUUGCGACGCGAGUUCUACCAGAGAAUAUGUGGAUAUUCCAUUCCAUGACGAUACUCCUUGCCAUAAGCCGUUUGAUGCUGACGCUGGAGUAUUUCAUUGCCUCCGUAUACCUACCUCCCGAGACAGCGUAUAAUUUACGCUGUGUCACUCUAUUUAUGUUUUUGAACAGUCUGAUAUACAUUGCGCUAUAUUUUCUCUUCAAUGACCAGGCAGCGUCUGUUGGAUCGCAAAUAUGGAUCUUAUGGUGGUUUCAGUUUGCUGCCGAAACUUUCGUAGUAAUGGUAAAAGCAGACGAAUCGCCAGGUAUUGGCUUUGAGGACACGCACCUUAAUGUUCGUAUGGGCCUCCUCACGCUUAUCAUCAUUGGCGAUGGUAUUAUAUCGGUCACCAGGAUCGUCAAUAGGACUGUGGGCAAUGGCUGGACUCGCUGGUCUUUUGUCCAUAUAUUUGGAGUCACAAUUUCUGUAUACCUCUUAUGGCAGUCUUAUUUCGAUAUCACACCCACUGAAAAUUUGGGAAAGCUUCGGCAAAAAAUAUGGACAUGCUUGCAUUUCCCAUUGCAUGCAAUCCUCAUUCUUUUGUCUGAGGGAAUGCAAAUUCUAGCAUUGACAUUGGAUGUGUCGCUAAAACUCAAACGUUUGCGCGAUACUAUCUUGUCCGCUUGUGGUGUUGCAAGGCCUAGUACCUUGGAUGCGAUUGAUUCCAUUAACAGAACAAUUGCAGGCUUUGGAAUUGAUUUCGAACAUGGUGCAACGGAGGAAAAUAAUGCAAUUCAAGGCCUCUUGUGGGAUCUCAGGCGUCAGUCCCGCCUCUGCCCUUCAGAUAUGGAGAGCGGUGCUUUGAAUAUUGAGAGGUCCCAUGAUAUCAUGGGAAAUGUGACUGUGGCGCUCUUCUCCAGCAUGGGAAUCACUCCGCCAGAUGGCCACACAACGGCAAAAAGAAGCGAUCAUCUAUUAACGAUGUAUCUUAGGAUGUUCGGUUUUGUAUUUCUAUAUUAUUUCAUCGUGGCUGCUCUUGCCAUGUUUAUGUUUGCGGCAUUCAUCUUCUUGGUCAACCAUGAUCCCACAAAAAGAGUGUUUCGACUAGGUGCCACGGGAACACGAGUGGUGGCAGGAUUAUCAUUGCUGAGCAUCAUAGCCUUAGUGUCGAAUUUUGACCUGGCUUAUAAGUACAUGACAAAUCCUAUGAUCCUCUUCACGGUAGCUCUGGCACUUCUUAUAUGUCUCUUGAGUGAUCAACUGUGGCAUACACUGGCCUUCUACUCUGCAAGUUUUGAAGCUGAGAGUGGCAAUGACAUAGAGCUAGAUGCCAUACCUACCAGUACAUAA